AUGAAGAACGUGAAAGGAGAGGUGCAUAAAACACUGCUUUCCAAUGAGAUCGACGUACUGAAGACGCUCUCGGACCUGCAGAAUGUGAUCAAACUGCACGAAGUAAUCCCCCUCAAGUCGCACACCUGCAUCGUCACUGAACUCUGCGACGGCGGAGACCUUGCCAAACUCAUCAAGGAACAUCGCCACUUAUCGGAAGCAAGAGCUACUGAAUUGCUUACCCAAAUCAUCAAUGGCUAUAAGGGAAUAAACCGCUUUGGAAUCGUGCAUCGCGAUCUGAAGCCAGCCAACAUCUUCUUCAGCGCGAAGGAUGUGAAGAUAGCCGAUUUUGGCUUUGCAGUUAGGAGCCAAGACCUUAAAAAACACAGCAAUUACAACGUAGGGUCCCCAGUAUACAUGCCCCUUGAGGCUCUUAAUGACAACAUCUACAGUCCCAAGAGCGACGUGUGGGCCAUCGGAGUCAUAUUCUACGAGAUGCUCACUGGAAACACUCCCUGGAGAGCCAAAACAGAAGCCGACCUGAAGAGGCAGAUAAAGGCUAUCUCAAUUAAGAGUAUCCUGCCCGUGGGCGUUUCAAAGACAGCUUCUGCCUUUUUGGUGAAGGCAUUGCAGAUCAAUCCUACCCAGCGCAUGUCUCCCGAAGAAAUGAUCACUUUCUUCGAUGAGGGAAGAUAA